CUACCACUCGGAACAGUAGUCAGGCUUCUCUCCAAACAGGGUAUGAUGGGCUCCGUUGGAAACCUCUAUGAAAGCAUUGAGAAUUUGAAUGAUACUUAUAUGCAGGCGCCAGAGGCUAAGGAUGCCCUUUUGAAGCCGCACGUUUUUGCACCAGCAGUUCCUCUCCUGUUGCCAGGCACUCAGACAUCAAUUCCUACAAGUUACUACAUGUGUUCAUCAUACUGUUGGAAUAAUGUGGCAAAAGAACCAACUGCUAAUUCUCCUCAAUGCGGCCACUUAAUGAACGCAAAGGUGACCUCUAUUGGUUCACCAGACGCAGAUAACCAAUCAUCAUUUGCGAUCACCUUGUAUAAGUGUAAUAGAAACUCUCCGUACAUGACAGAUGUGGCCUUGAUUAUAUGUCCUAAAUGCAAUACCAAAUUGAGACGCCUGCAGGUACUUCCUGUUAAGCCACCAAAUAAGCAAUCCCCCUCUUGGAGGGCGGUGGGUUUUGUGAAAGGGGUGGUCACUUACAUUGUAAUGGACAAUCUUGAGGUGAAGCCUAUGUCUACCAUUUCUAGUAUUUCCAUACUAAACGAAUUCAAUAUCAAGGAAGUUAGUUCCCUUGAAGAGCGUGUUGUCGAUGUGGGAAUGGAUCAGGCAUUCAACUAUUUGCUAGCUUGUGGCAACCCCUUUCAUCAUAUUUAGUGCCAGUUCAUUUGUGUGUUUUUUGGUUUUAGGGCUUGAAGUUGCUCAAGGCAUCCCUGCAAUCUAAGACUGCCCUUACUGAUGAGUUUCUAGGGAAGUAGGGUUUCAAUCAAGUGAUUAUGAUGCUACUGCACUGGAAAAAAUUGGAAAGAGGAAGGGAGGAUUUUUACUUUGACUUAUUAUCAGUUGAGGUGUCCAACUUUGUUUCAUUUCGUCUUUGUUUAAUUCAGUUAUAAAUAAAUUUUAAAUAUAUUC